AUGUCAGGAUUCAAAAAAGAAGUCAAAAUCACCGAUGCUCAUUUCCCAAGACAAGCAGGUUCAACCUUAAGUGUGGAUGAUAAGUUGAAAGUCGUAUACAACAAGUUCUCAUCAACUAUUCCACCACCUGAAGAUAAAAUAAGAAUCAAUUUAUUGUUUUCUCACGGGACAGGUAUGAAUAAAGAAAUUUGGAACUAUCAUAUCGAGAAAUUAUUCAAAGAUUCAUAUAACCAAGACCAUUGGUAUUUAGGUUCAGUCAUUUCAUUUGAUUGUACCAGUCAUGGUGAUUCUGGUGUUUUGAAUAAAGACAAAUUGGGAUGGACUUAUGGAUGGAUUGAUGGAGGAAAAGAUAUCAUCCUGAUUGUCAAACAUGAAAAUGACACUUGUAAUGAUUUCUUGAAUAACAUAAAUAGUAAGAAUAUCAUCAUUGGCCAUUCCUUAGGUGGUCAUCAAGUUAUGGUGGCUGGAUUCUUGGAACCUCAAUUAUUUGAUACAAUUAUACCAAUUGAACCAGUUUUCUACUCCCCUGAUCACAGAUUUUUCCAUCUUUUCGUUGAAAGAUUCAAGAAAGUGCAAAAAUUCAUUAGGGAUACUUUCGAUUCCAAAGAGGAUUUCUAUGAAUAUUACACCAAGUUUGCCUUUACCAAGGACAUGCACCCUAGAGUAUCGCAAGAUUAUAUCGACAAUGAAUUUUAUGAAGUUUAUGACCCUGCAACCAAGACUACUAAGUACAAGAGUAAAGCCAGUAAGAUAGGUCAAAUGGCUACUUAUUUGUCAUCUUAUUGGUCACUUGAACAAUCAACAGCUAUGAUUCCUCACAUGAGAUGUAAAAUCUGUUACGUUUGGGGAGAGAAAGCCAGAUGGAAUCCUCCAGGUACUGAAGAAUACUUUAUUGAAAAUGCCAAUCCAGCUAAUUUAUUGGAAUAUCAUUGCGUGAAAGAUGGAACUCAUUUAUUGAAUGGAGAAUUGCCCGAUGAAACUGUUAAAAUCAUCGAAGGUGUUAUAGCCAAAAGAUCUAAAACUGCUUAUGAAGAUAAAGAUUGUUAUCCUGAAAUCAAAUUCAAAAACAGACCUACAGAAGAAAUCAAAGAAGAAUUCCUCAAGGCCAUGCUCGAUAAUAAAAUGGAUGAAGUCGUUCAUUUCAGUAAAACUCCAUUACCUUUACCUCCGAAAAUGUAG